AUGAGAAUACUAACGCUUAUUCUGGGCUGUGCCUUCUUGGCCAUUUGCCUGAUUCCAACGGAUAUUAGCUGCGAAUCGACGGCCGCUCCGGGAGGAUCGACGGCCGCUCCGGGAGGAUCGACGGCCGCUCCGGGAGGAUCGACGGCCGCUCCGGGAGGAGCGACAUCCGCUCCUGGAGGUGCAGGAGCUACAACUGUCUCCAAUUCCGGCUCUGAGACGACUACUAGUGCAGCGGAGGCUCAAGUGGCUCGACUGCAGGCUCGCUUGCGCCGCAUGUUGAGGAAUCAAAGAAGGGCCCAACGCAGAAGGAGGAAUCGCCGAAGGCGCCUGCUCGCCCAAAGGAGAAGGGCUCAAUUGAUGCGAAGGAGAAGAAACCGGAACAGAGGUGCAAACAGGGGCAGACCAUUCGGAAAUCAGGGUUAA